AUGGCCGAGAUUGAUUGUCUCGCCGUUGAUCGAUGGAUUGAAACUAAAGCUACAGGAGCCAAAUAUGAUCUCUCCAGCUCCUGCGCAAAGCCCAUGUCGAUAGAGGGCCUAAAAGAGCUUUCUGAGGAUAAGUCAGAGUCCAACAAGGGCCCCUUGCCGGCGGAGCUUCUGUCCAGAUGUCUCGGGUACGGCGAGAUGGCGGGCUCCAAGGCGCUGCGGUCGACCCUGGCUGGCUUGUAUUCCGUCAAGACACCUCUACCGCUGCCAAUUGAUAAUGUUACUAUUACCAGCGGCGCUUCUCCGGCUAAUUACUUAGUCUUCCAGGCACUGUGCAAGCCGGGAGAUCAUGUCAUCGUUCAUUAUCCAACUUACCAACUGCUGUAUGCCGUGCCACAGACUCUAGGAGCGGACGUCAGCUUAUGGCAAUCGAAAGAAGAUGAUAACUGGAAGCUCGAUGUCGAAGAGUUGAAAACUCUCAUCAAGCCUAAUACUAAGAUGAUUGUCAUAAAUAACCCGCAAAACCCCACGGGUGCAAUCAUCCCGCGAUCAACAUUGAUGGAAAUCAUUGCUGUGGCCAGGGAACACUCGAUAGUGGUCUUUAGUGAUGAAAUUUUCAGGCCAUUAUUUCAUUCCAUCCACCCUGGAGAUAAGGAGUUCCCGCCUUCAGCACUCUCGCUAGGUUACGAUGAUGUUAUAGUGACCGGAUCAAUGUCUAAAGUCUACUCGCUGCCGGGUAUUCGCGUUGGCUGGAUCGCAUCUCGCAGUAGGGGGCUCAUCGACAAGUGCACGAGACUGCGAGCGUACACGACUCUAUCCGUCAGCCAGCUUGACGAAGCGGUAGCUGCAUAUGCCCUGGACAGCCACUGCUUGCAUGCACUGCUGAAGCAGAACACAGACCUCGCACGAGAGAACCUCGCACUUCUUGAGUCGUUUAUAGACAAGCACAAGUGGGCCUGCGACUGGGUUAGGCCAGUUGCUAGCAGCGUUGCAUUCGUCAAGUUCUCGAAGAUGGGGAAGCCUGUGGAUGAUCUCGAACUCUGCCAUCAGCUUCUCCAGAAGAAAGGUGUACUGCUGGUUCCUGGGUCACAGGGGUUUGGGUCAAACAGCUUGUUUGCAGGAUACGUUCGUAUUGGGUACGCCAUUGAUAAAGAAGAGUUUAAGAGUGGGUUGGCUUUGUUGAAGGAAUUCAUGGAGGAGGAUUAUGAGAAGGUCCCGCUGGUGGGCGAACGCUUGCAAUACGAUAGAAUCUUUGGUUAG